AUGGCGGUGCAGCGGCCCUGCGGCCGCUGUGCCCCGGCGCUGCCGCUUCUGCUGCUUGGCCUGGCCGUGCUCGCCCUCCCGCCGUCGCUCGCCGCCGCCUCCGAGCUGCCGCCCGCCGCCCUCCGCGCUGGCCACGCCGCCUCCUCGCUGCCCGCCGCCGCUGCCGCCUCGCGCACCAGAUACCUUUUGUACGAUGUAAACCCCCCUGAAGGGUUCAAUCUUCGCAGAGAUGUCUACAUUCGCAUUGCUUCUCUUCUUAAGACCCUGCGGAAAAGCGAAAACUGGGUGUUGGUUCUGCCUCCCUGGGGACGUCUUUAUCACUGGCAGAGCCCUGACAUCCUCCAGAUGCAGAUCGCUUGGUCCGAGUUCUUUGAUAUCCCAAGCCUCAACAGGAACAUCCCUGUCAUUGAAUACGAGCAGUUCCUUGCAGAGUCAGGUGGGCCCUUUAUUGAACAGGUUUAUGUGCUACAAGGCUAUGCAGAAGGAUGGAAAGAAGGAACAUGGGAAGAAAAAAUAGAUGAAAAAGCUUGCAUUGAUCAACUGAUGUACUCCAAAGACAAAGAUGGCUACUACAGGGGCUGGUUCUGGGGUUACAAGGAAACACGAGGCCUAAAUGUCUCUUGUUUGUCUGUCCAAGGAUCUGCCUCUGUUGUGGCUCCAAUCCUUCUGAAGAACACUUCAGCACAGUCAGUGAUGUUAGACAGAGCUGAAAACCUUCUUCAUGACCACUACGGAGGGAAAGAUUAUUGGAAUACCCGUCGGAGCAUGGUGUUUGCUAAACACCUCCGCGUGGUGGGAGACAAGUUUAGGAAGAAAUACCUUCAAUCCACGGAUGAGGCAGACAGGACUCAGUACAAGGAGGACUGGACACAGAUGAAGGUUAAGACAGGCACAGCUCUAGGUGGCCCAUACCUUGGGGUUCAUCUCAGAAGGAGAGACUUCAUUUGGGGUCACAGAGAAGACGUGCCUUCCCUGCAAGGAGCAGUAAAGAAAAUCCACAGCCUCUUGGAGACACUUAAACUUGAAAAAGUUUUUGUAGCCACUGAUGCUGUUGAGGAAGAGAUUGAACUGCUCAAGAAACUGCUGCCUGAGAUGGUGAGGUUUGAACCCUCUCUGGAGGAGCUGGAACUGUAUAAGGACGGGGGCUUGGCUGUGAUUGACCAGUGGAUUUGUGCACAUGCAAGGUAUUUUAUAGGCACCUCAGUUUCAACAUUUUCCUUCCGAAUCCAUGAGGAAAGGGAGAUCUUGGGAUUUGAUCCAAAAACAACUUACAACCGAUUUUGUGGUGAAACAGAGAAAAACUGUGAGCAGCCAGCUCAUUGGAAAAUUGUAUAUUAAACACAGAGAAACACAAAGGUUUUGAUACUGUUAGAGUUCAAAAUAAUAAGAAAAAUAAUGGGGAAUGACCUUGGAAGUAUGACCCAGUCCUAUACUCUCAGUUCCCGCUCCCCUUCCAGUGUGGGUAUGACAUGGGGUAGCUGUACUGCUCAGUAUCUCUGGACCUCACAGCAUUUCUAUGUGUCUGGUGCACCUGGGUUCCCAGUAUGUCCUGCUCCUGCUGCCUUGUGGGCCCACAUGCACCGCACCAGAUGGGUUGCUACAGACCACAGGCGCCUCUUGGCUGCAGAGCUGUGAUGGGAAGCGGCAAAGCAAUGCCCAGGAUGCGGCAGUUCAACCCAGCCUCGCCUGCUGGAGCAUUUCAUACCUGUAUGUGGUUCUCUCAGUGGAUUUGUUGUCUGGGCUGCAGACUGGGGGUCCUGACCAUGUCACCAGGAACGCUCACCCUAGGAGCACUAAUCUCUACCCAGGGAGGAACCAAGCUGCCACUGAAAUAAAAGCAUGGAGGGAGCUGCUCCCACUCCAAGGGCCUGCAAGGCCCAUCCUUUGGGGACUCAUCUUUCAUGUGAAGACACAUUGCCGAGCAGAGAAAGAGGUUGGUACCUGGUGGAGCAGGGCCAAGAUUCCAUUUUCUGAGCUCCCUCCUCUGCCUGCCACAGCACUGCCUGGGGGAGGGUGGGUGUGUUCAGCACUGCUGCUGGAAGUGGGGCAGUGUUGGUGGCCCUCUCAAGAGGGUCCUGAUUGCUUCAGGGCCUUGCUUUUCCACUGGUUUGUGUCCACAAAGGAAAGACACAACAGAAGGCAGAACCAUCACCACAGCCCUGUACUCAAAAGUCCAUCAGCCUUCCCCGCAGUGAAGGUGGGUAAACCCUUCAACUACUCUGCAAAACUCGGCACCACUGCAGAUCUACAGGAGAGCAGCAGUUUAUCCACAGGGGGCUUCUGACACACGUUGCCCAUUAUGUGUCUGGAGGAAUCCAAGUGCUUAUUUUGUGUCUCUACAAGUGUGGCCAAAGAAACAUACACAGAGCAAUAACAAAUUCUCACACUGUGAGAAUAGAAACAAACAUUUAAUAACAUUAUUUCUUAGACAACUGUUGCGGAUAAAAUCCAAUGCAAAUAAAAAAUCUAGAUAUAAAAAAUCAA